CGAGGAAGAGCACCGACAAAAGAGAGCUACAGCUGGCGUGAAAAGGACAAAUGGAAAUGAACUGAGAGAGGGGAGCAGCCACACUCAAAAUCAGAAACAAAAAGAGGGAGAAGACCACUCAGAGCCGGUAACCAUGGAGACCAGCCAGCUUUCAGAAAUGGCCUCCAUAAUUGACUGCAGAGUGGAUUCCGUGGAGACAGAGAUCGCAGAAAAUGCAGGCUUGCUCAGGGACGAGGAGCGCCUUGGUUUCUCGGAAUCUGUGGAAAUGAAAGAAGCCAUGGAAAUGUCCGAGGACCUGCCACAAGAUGAGGCCGAAAUCAGCAAUCAAGAGGGAGCAGGAAACAGGAAAUGGAGCGCGACUGAUGAGCACUUUCAAGAGGACGCUUUGGUCCGAAAGACAGGACAGGAGGAGCUGAUUCGGACGGAGUCCAUGGCCUCGUCUGUUUCUGACACGCUCUCAAGCCCAGGAAGCGUGUACGAGAAUGAGCUGGCCCGGCACAGAGGAGACCCACCAGACCCAGAGCAGCUGGACAGCCCUGUGCUGUCAGAUGAUGCUGAAGACAUCCAUGAGGUUCUGGAGGCCACCCCAGAAUGCGACAGCCCAAAGGAACCACCGUCCAUCCUGCAUGACAAUGAGGAGGAAAUACAGGAGUCUGUCUUAUGUGACAACCAGAAGGAAACACAAGAGGAAAGGCAUGAUUCCCUUUUGGAGCAGUGCACCCACGAGGAGAUCUCAUCAGACGUCUCCGCAGAGUCGGGUCACGACCCCAACCAAGACGAUGACUUGAGCGACUGCCUGCAGGUAGAAAUCGCCAUCGUCUCUUCAGAUAGCGAGACUGAUGAGAACUGGAGAGCCAUGUUUUCCUCCUCAAUACACAAUGAAGAGGGCGUGGUGCACUUUGAGGAUGGCGGCCAAGAGUCCAACACUGGAGAAGCGCCCGUCCAAAAAAGCACGGAGGCAGCGGAGGGUCUCACAGAGUCGCACCAGGGAACCAAGGCUGAAACAGCAGACAGAGCCAACGUACUGGAGCAACCAGAACCCCUCUCCAAAUCGGACUUCCGAACACUUACCCAGUCCUCCGACACCUCUGCUCAUUUCCACAGCUUGGCAAAAAUUUCUGAGGACGAGGAGGAGCCCGGACAAGGGGCAAAACAUAGCGCGUGCCCCUCUCAUGCCACCGACACAGACCCCAAGAAGAAGGUCCCGAAUGACUACUGUGUGAUACAGGAAACAAAGAGUGAGAAUGUCAGCACAGAGCACGUUAACUUCCGAGCGGCGCGCACGCAGUGGCUAAGGAUGGAGGAGCAGACCAAACGGCAGGUGCACCAGCCUCCACCCAAGCAGGGCAUGUGCCAAGGGGGCCACAGCUUCAUGUACACCCCUGUCCGCAACAUUGACAAGCUCAAAAAAGACCCGGAGUUGGACAGUUUGGGACUGAGUGAGUACCCCAACACCCAGUUCAGCCCAUGCUCAGAGGACUCGGGUCUGGACGAUUCCAGCUACAGGUCCAAUUACGACGACCCCGAGACACCCAUUGAGAGGGAAAUCCGCUUAGCCCUGGAGAGAGAGGAGAGCCUCAGACGGGAGAGGGGCAUCUCUAAAGCAGCUAACGCUGGCGAGGGUGUGCCAGCUAAGGUCAGGCCAGCCAGUCUCCUCCCUGGCAAGUAUGAUAAGGGCCCGUGCCAGGAGAUUGACAAAAGGAGAAAAGCAUUUGAGGCUCAAGAGGACAGCUGCAGGGCCCAGCGCUCACCCGGCACCAAGCCCCCGUCCUUCACCCUCACCUCCUCGUCAUCGCCGAAGGCCCCACUCUAUCACGAAAUGGCGGCCAACAACGUCAUCAUCCUGGAGCCAGACCCCUGCUCCACCAGCCCCAGGCACUGCGCCAAGGCACCCUUGAGUGCCCCGCUGCCCAAGAGGUUCAACGAGUGGCCCUCCGAGACAACCAGCGUCAUCAUCCUGGAGACGUCCAACCUGAUCAUACGCAGCGCCUCGGAGUUCUGCCUGAACACCGCCUGCCAGGAGACACAGGAGAGCACCUUCCUCAACAACCCCUUCUUCAAGCUGCGAUCCAGGAGCACGCAAUCCCUGGUGGACCAGGAGAUCAAGGUGGUGAAACAGAGGGAGGAGGAGCUGAGAAGGCAAAGAGCACAGCUCUACGCGAAGGAGAAAUACGACACAGUCCUGGUGUCUCCGAACCUGCUAGAGAACCUGUGCUUUGACAGAUCAGCAGAGCUCCCUGUGAGAUGCAAGUCCUCACCAUCAUCACCCAUGAAGACAGCGCGUAAAAUGGAUCGCUCCACACUGUCCUGCGAACAUAAGUACCCAGACACAUUCUCUGGAGGACGCCGCAAAAGCGCGAUGGCAAUGCGCUGGGAAGCAGGGGAGUUUGCCAGUCACGAGAAGGAGUGACACGCAGGAAUCCCUUCCCAUAGGUGCGCAGACUCUUAAAACAAGGACCAGAUAGUCAGCUCCAAGGCACUCCCCACUGAAAGUUCUGUUUGUGUUAUUGCUGAAGCUCCAUCUAUUUUGAUUUGCUGGCUUGCUAUGAAAAUUCUUAAAGGGGUGUGUUCUAAAACAUCCGCAGGAAUGUACAGGAGCCCAGAUGCCACCGGGACCUCCUAGAGAGAGGACAGAGGAGAUGCAGCAGCUGAAUAUCUGGUCACAAUAGAAUGUCUGUGGUAGAAGAGUGUAUAUUUACUACUCUGUUUUCCUAAAAUGGAUGCAGUGCUACAUCUGUCUCAUGUGAAAGUAU